AUGGAGUGGGAUCCCAGUCGAUUCUUUGGUGCUUCCGGAAGUCCUUCUCCUUAUGCCCUGCUGAUCCUCAAUCAACCAAUCAAUGAGAAAGCAUUUGGAGUUCUAAGCAAAUAUGCUUCUUAUAUUAUUUGUGCCGAUGGAGGUGCCAACCGACUUUAUGAUAUGAUGAAGGCCGAUGGAACAGAAUCUAAAAACCUACCAGAUGCCAUUAUGGGCGACUUGGAUUCUAUCCGACCAACAGUUAGAGAGUUUUAUGACAAGCUUGGCGUAUCUAUUCUCGAAGAUCCAGAUCAAUAUUCCACAGACUUUACCAAAUGCCUAAAAUAUCUCAAUGCACACGCUGCAGAAAUCAUUGCCUCUCCCCGAGCAGAGAAUGUUUCAACAAGAUCAAAUGGCACACUAUCCACCGAAAGCACAUCAGUACCUCCACCAAAUGAAUUACCCCUGGAGAUAGUGAUUCUCGGCGGCCUCGGCGGCCGAGUGGACCAAGCUUUCUCGCAAGUCCAUCAUCUAUACAUGAUGACGCAGACGCAAUGUACAAUCCGCGAGAAAGAAAGCAACUCCCCAAGCAACAAACCCGCCGCAGGCGGAAACCUGUAUCUCGUUUCCGAGGAGAGCAUCACAUUCAUCAUCCAAAAAGGGAAGAACGUAAUCCACACGCCUGCGACAAGACGAGCAGAUGUUACGGUGACAGGAUCUAAAGAGACCGACACAUCACCGUCAGCGAAGAAACGGAAGCUGGGACAAGAUGCGGAACCAGAGUACUUCUUUGAAGAAAAUAUAGGGAUCAUCCCUCUCUCAGCGCCUGCUUCAAUCACGACGCAUGGAUUUGAAUGGGAUGUUGAGGAUUGGCAUACUGAGAUCGGAGGGCAGAUAUCCACUAGCAAUCAUAUUCGCGCUGAUAAGGUGGAGGUUGAGACAUCGGUUCCUGUUUUGUUUACUCUAGAGUUGGCGGAGAGGCUGAAGAGGCGAUCGUGA